AUGACUAGUGACGACCAGUUUUUCUUCGAUUAUCUUGCCUCUAUUCCUCACGACAUAAGGAGAUACUCCUUAGACGUCGCUGAUACGAUAGACCGGCAUAUCGACGCAGCAGCUCUCGCAGUUCGGGAAACUCUCGCUCAUCAAUCGUGGCUGCCCUCAAGUGUUCGGCCGAGAUCGAAUAUCCGGUCCUUCACCCCGCCUUCGCAGUCUUUGUAUGAUCGCGUGCACAGCUGGACAGCUCGGAAUCGAGCAUGGACUGCCGCUAUACUGGCUUUCGUCGGGACGAGCUCUAUCCUGUAUCUCGGCAGUAAGAAAUUGAGGGCAAAGCGACGGAAAGCGAGAAGAGCUGCAAAUGGUGGGCGGAAGGAAAUAAUAGUUGUUGCUGGAUCGCCGCAUGAGCCGAUGACUCGGUCGAUAGCAGCGGAUUUAGACCGAAGAGGCUAUAUUGUUUACAUCACCGUGUCAUCUGCAGAAGAAGAACAACUUGUUCGGUCGGAGCAUCGACCUGAUAUACGCCCUUUGUGGCUUGAUUUAUCGACACUGUCUUCGUCGCCGCAAGAUGUGCACUCAUCAUUAAAUGAGCUGCAUACCAUGAUCACGCAGCCACACUCUCCCAUGCCUGGCGUACCGCCGCACAUAUGCCAGCUGAGCGGUCUUAUCCUAGUACCCUCGCCCAACUUUGUAGCUGGUCCGGUGGCUACAAUCCCACCCUCUUCAUGGGUCGACACCAUUAACACCCGUCUUCUAUCUCCUAUUCUAACCACUCAGCUCUUCCUGCCCCUCCUCACACUCCGCAACACCAACAGUACUAUUAUCCUUGUCUACCCCUCGAUAUCGUCAUCUCUUUCAGCACCUUUUGCUGGGCCUGAAGUGGCUACAGCUCGCUCCCUGUCAGGAUUUGCGACAUCGCUCCGAAGGGAGCUGGGUCUCCUGCGCCACAACAAUGUUGACUUGGUGGAGUUGAGGCUUGGAAAUAUUGAUCUUGGGCCGCAAUACCGAGCACCAAACAGUCAUAUUGCAGGAACCGAGGUUCUCACAUGGAGCGUCCAACAACGGGCACUGUAUGGGCCUCAGUAUCUUAACAGCAUUGAACAGCGGCCUGUUGCAUCCGCCGGGCCUGGCAUGGUGCGAGGAUCGCCUGCUAGAGCUCUUCAUAACGCUGUGCUCGAUGCAUUGGAGCCGACAUCGAGAACCAUUUUUGGAAAACGAGCCGCAAAGAAACCGGUAAGGUACGCCGGGCGAGGGGCUAGGUCUUAUCAUUUCAUCGGCCAAUGGGCACCCCCCGGUUUAGUAGGAUGGAUGUUGGGUCUUCAAAGUCUUCAUUCAGGAUAUCUGCCGUCUGCUGAUAGCCCCAGCGGUAGCGGUAGUGAGACUGGUUGGGAAAGGGUCGACCACUAA